AUGCAGAGCUCAAGAUCAUUCCUGUUUCAGGUGUGUUUGAGUCUGGUGGUUUCUGUCUGCUCCUGCACAUGUAAACCUCUCUAUAAUGACAUCCAGAGUGACUAUGGUGAGGAAUUCUACUCUCAGCUGUCAGAGCAGGACCUUCUGGAGGAGGAAGACACUGACGCCAGGAUGGCGAACCUCCUGGGAAGCAUGAAGGAGAGCUUUUUAAGGAAACUCAACCUGUCGGAUGUUCCUCAGGAGCAAAGCAAGAUCUACCCUCCUCAGUUCAUGAUGGAGCUCUACAAUAAGUACGCUUCUGACAGCUCAAUCCCUCAGUCUGAUGUCAUACGAAGCUUCACUGUGCAAGAUAUCACUCUCUCUGUGACAAAUGGCACAAAGUCCAAACACAGGCUGCAGUUCAACAUCAGCAUUCCCAACCACGAAAAGAUCACUACUGCUGAACUACAGCUGUUCUUCACCCCGGAGCCCAGGUCAACGGUCAACUCAAACAGUUUCAGGACCACAGUGAAAGUCUAUGAAGUGGAUUACAACAAUUUCACAUCCACAAACCAACUACUGGUGGGCAAAGAGGUGAAAGGCUCGCAGGGCACAUGGGAGACCUUUGAUGUUACUACAGCCAUUCAGAGCUGGAUCAAGUUUGGCCAUGGAGCAACCGUUUUUGAUGUAGUGGUUGAUAGGAAGGACUGCAAAACUCCUAGAAGUGGAGAGGAAGGAGUACGCUGCAUCAAUAUGAGCACCUCUGUCUGA